AUGCGUACCGCUGUCCUCCUUGCUCUGCUCCCCGUCUUUGCGGACGCUGCCGUGGUAGAGAAGCGUUCUGCCGAGGCCAAUGUGGGGUCGGCUACUUCUGAUGUCUAUCCUCCUAAUGGCACCUCGGUAAACUCUGAGCUCUUCCCUCCCGAAAGCGCUGUCGGCUACCCCGGUCCCACCCCUACUGGUGUCGAGCCCGCAGCUGCUGCUACCGCCUCCGUCUAUGCCUACAAUGACGGCAAGUCCGGCAACUUUCCCCUCGCCGCCUCACCGCCCAAGGACGCCAACAGCGACAACUUUGACGUCUUCAAGUACUGGGGUAACCUCUCGCCUUGGUACUCUGUCAACUCGUCAUUCUAUGGAUUGAACGACACUUCUCCCCUUAUUCCAGAGCAGUGCGAGAUCACGCAGGUCCACCUGCUGUACCGGCAUGGUGCGCGAUACCCCACUUCCGGCUCCGGGCCCACCAAAUUUGCUGCCAAGCUCGCCAACGCUACAGCCCAGAAUGGCAGCUUCAUGGCCAAGGACGACCUCGAGUUCCUCAAUAGCUGGACUUAUAAGCUCGGUGCUGAGCUCUUGUCGCCUUUCGGGAGGUUGCAGAACUUUGAGCUCGGUGUCGCUUUCAGGCAGCAAUACGGCUCACUGUUGAACAACUUUACGGAGGCUGGAACAUUGCCCGUCUUUAGGACGGAGUCUCAAGAUCGAAUGGUCAAGACCGCCGAAAACUUUGCUGCUGGGUUCUUUGGCGUUCCCGAGUACCUCGACCAAGUCAGUAUCGAGAUUCUCGUUGAAACACCGGGCGUCAACAACUCGGGUGCUCCCUACGAGACGUGCCCCAACUCCAACAUUGCUUCUCGAGGCAGCUUGGGCUCAACAGCCGCUACCGAAUUCUCCGAGGACGCUUUCAGCGAGACUGUCGCGCGCAUCCAAAAGCUGGUUGAUGGUAUCACUAUCGACACUUCCGAUGUUCUCAGCAUGCUUGCUCUCUGCUCUUACGAGACCGACACUCUUGGGUACUCUGCCUUCUGCCCCCUCUUCACUGAGGAAGACUUCAGAAACUAUGAGUAUCAGUACGACUUGUCUUUCUACUACAACCAGGGCUUUGGUUCUCCCGUUGGGGCGGCGCAGGGCAAGGGGUUCCUCCAGGAGUUUGUCUCCCGCUUUACUCAGACACCUAUCAACGCUUCCGACUCUGCUCUCAACGCCACCUUCGACAGCGACUCCACCUUCUUCCCACUCAACCAAUCCAUCUACGCCGACGCUACCCACGAAGUCGUCUUGCUCGAUGCCUUUACCGCAUUCAACUUCUCUGCCCUCUUCAGCUCCGGGCCUCUUCCUAUCCACAAGCGAGAUGACUCGGCGUCGUUUGUGGCUUCUCAAAUCGUGCCUUUUGCGACACACAUGGUCGUUCAAGUACUCGAGUGCUCUGAUCAGACUCCUAGCAAGCAGAUCCGAUUCAUCAUUAACGACGCCGUUCUUCCCUUGGACAAGACCUACGAAGGAUGCGAGUGGAACAAGGACGGUCUUUGCGCUUUCGACACUGUCGUCUCUGCUCUUCAGAAGCGUCUUGAAGAGAUCGACUUUGACUAUGACUGUAACGGAAACUACACUGUCGAGGCUGGCCAUGAUUACAACGGCCGAGCUCCUCGAAACUAA